GAACCCAGGGCUCUGUCGCCACAGUGGCCGCGUCCCCCUCCGCGGGUGGGAGGGACGCCCGCCCUCACGGUUCAGCUCUCCUGCCCUCGCGGGCCGGGUUCCCGCGGGUUCUGGACCUACGCCCUCGGAAGACCCUGCCUCGGCUGAGAUCCUCGCCCGGCGCCGGCCACCUGUUACUCCCGCUCCCCGCUCCUCCAGACGUUGUAGGGAGGGCACAGGACACCCGAGGGCGUGCGCGCCAUUCACUGGGAGACGGUGGUUUGAGGUCCAAGGAGCCGCUGAAGCCCAACGCCCUGGGAGUCCCAGCGCACCGGACGCGCCGGCCGAGUCGGGGUGUUGAGAGUGAGGCAGUGGCAGUGGCACAGGCAGCGGGAACCCCAGGGGAACAGCCUCAGGUCUCAGCUGGAGCUGGAAGAGAGACCCGGAGCUCCUGGGGACCUUGGUUCUUCUUAACUCAUUUGCUGCCAGGGAACAGGGACGGGAUCAUGAUAUUGCAUCCAGGGGUUGGGGAACGCGAAGUGGUGGAGAGUUUGCCCCAGGAGAGAGGCGAGCGUUACCUAAGAUCUAGGGUGGGCAGCAGUGUGUGCAGCGUGGAUCAGAGAGGAAGACACAUCACAAGGGCCUUCCUUUCCCAGUCCAGAGCUGUGCCAUGUCAGAGACUGGGGGAGAGGAGACCGGAUCAGCUGAAGCAUCAGGGUUCUCAGACUUGAGUGACUCGGAGCUCAUGGAGUUUCUAGAACUGGAAGAUGCCCAAGAGUCAAGUGCUUCACCUGGCAAGCCUGGCCCAUCUUCUGAACUCCCUGGGAAGGAUGGCAAGCCCAGAAGCUUACAGAACUGCGAAAGAGGAUUGGAUAUCUCAUCACCCAUGCAGAGAUUCCACCUUCAAUAUUUGUAUGUCACUGACCUGUCUACUCAGAACUGGUGUGAGCUGCAAAUGGCAUAUGGAAAGGAGCUUCCUGACCUUGUGACACCUGAGAAGGCAGCUGUUUUAGAUACUGGGGCCAGCAUCCAUCUAGCUAGAGAAUUAGAACUUCACGAUCUUGUGACCGUCCCUGUCACCAGUAAAGAAGAUGCCUGGGCAAUUAAGUUUCUGAACAUACUAUCAAUGAUUCCUACCCUGCAGUCAGAAGGACGCAUCAGAGAGUUUCCAGUGUUUGGGGAAGUGGAGGGUGUGCUUCUUGUUGGAGUGAUUGAUGAGCUGCACUAUACAGCCAAGGGGGAACUGGAGCUGGCAGAGCUCAAGACACGCAGGCGCCCUCUGCUCCCUCUAGAAGCGCAGAAAAAGAAAGACUGUUUUCAAGUCAGCCUAUACAAAUAUAUCUUUGAUGCCAUGGUACAAGGGAAAGUGACCCCUGCAAGUCUCAUCCACCACACAAAAUUGUGUCCAGACAAGGCACUGGGGCCUUCAGUGCUGAGCCAUGCCCGGCGGGGAGGCUUCACUGUGAAGUCUUUGGGUGACCUCAUGGAACUGGUAUUCUUAUCUCUCACCCUGUCAGACCUCCCAGUCAUCGAUAUUCUGAAGAUUGAGUAUAUUCACCAAGAGAGUGCCACUCUACUGGGUACAGAAAUUGUAGCCUUUGAAGAGAAAGAGGUGAAAGGCAAGGUGCAGCAUUAUAUGGCCUACUGGAAGGGCCUCCGAGAGCCUCGAGGAGUUGACAUAGAAGAGGCUUGGAAGUGCCGGACGUGCAGCUAUACAGACAUUUGCAAGUGGAGAAAGGGCGGUGGGGUGCUAAGUUCCACACUGGAGCCCCAGCCUAAAAAGUCAAAUAAAUAGAAAGUAUGCUUUCAGAAAUGUUGAUCUUUCUGGAACUCCUAAUAUACCUCAGUAAAAGCGGACCCUUCUCUAAGCUUUGCUUUCAUGGAGAUCAUGUUCUUAUUUUGAUUGUUUUUAUAUUUUUGCGGCCUCUAGCCACAUCCAAGUCCAGGAGCAAUACUCAAGGAUGAGUGGGAGCGAUACAGGGUUACCCAUGGAGCUUUGCUGUGGGUUACCAGAAGGUGGAUGCUCAUCAUGGCUAUAGCAAAGGUAUCUUCCAGCAAAUGUCAUUUUCCUAAGAAAAGUCUCCAGCUCCUGAUAAGUCUUCCCUAUUUUUCUUACUCAAGAAAAAAUUCUUUUCUUAUUUUCUGUCUACAUUUAUAUAAUAAAAUGAAACACUGU